AUGAAUAACGAUAUGCGCAACCGAAUUACAAAAACAAUAGAAUUUUUCAAAUUUACUUGCGUGACUCUAUCUAGAUUAAUUGAACUACUCGAAGAGCUAGAAUUAAAUCAACAUCAAAUGGCAAUGUCAACAUGUAUAUUUUCCCUAUUAACUGCUUUUAUUCAAUUGAUACCACUGAUACCCCAAUUAACAAUAUAUCACAUUACCAUGCCAGUUGAUCAUUAUGAACGUGCUGUAAUCACUAAUUUGUAUGCUGAAUUAGCUAACACGUCCUGUCGAUUCUUGACUGGACUACCCCCGUCUGCAUUCAAUGAUAUUUUCCCGUUAUUUGUUCAGGAAUUUGACCAAAAAAGGCGAUUGAUUCUACAGUACAGAUUUUCCACUACCAUGAAAACAAAUAUAUUAUUAUUGUUAUUAAUUUGGUUAAGAACCUACUCAACAAAUAACGUUUUGAGUGUAAUGUUCAAAGUGUCAAAAUAUAAAGUAUGUCGAUAUCGAAAAACGUAUUUUCCAUUAUUAGUCAGAGCAUUAAGAUCUCAAAUGAAAUGGCCAUCACCGAAUGAAAUGGUAAAUUUAGUGGUUUACCACCCAAUACUCGGUCGAUAUAUCGGUUAUGUAGACGGAUCACGUCAUUUUAUACAAAGACCACGAAAAAAUCAACGAUUAUACUAUAGUGGUUCAGUCUAUGACAGUAAAAUGCUUCGACGUGCGGGAAUAGGCAAUUUACCCAUACAUACACGUUUGUUGGCCGACAAGGGUUUUGGGAAUGGCAAUGGAUUAUUAACACCCGUGAGAAGAAAUGAAUUGAAUCGCUUUCCAUUAUCAUCCAAAAAAUUAUUUAAUUAUUUUUUAUCAAACAAAAGAAUUUUUGUAGAACACUUGAUAAAAGAAAUGAAAGUUUUUGAGGCCGUACACGGGGUAUUUCGCCAUGAACGGCAACAGUGGUAUGGCGUAAGCUUGUGCACGGCAUAUUUGGCAAAUGUACGAGCGUCGUUAUUUUUACAGUAA